AUGGGUCAACUCAAGGUCUUGAUUUGUGGUGGUGGUUGCGCCGGACCAGCUUUGGCUUUCUGGCUUGCACGUCUUGGUCACCACGUCACUAUAGUUGAACGCUACCCUGCACUUAGAGCGACUGGUGCACAAAUUGAUUUACGCGAACAGGGCAUUGAGGUUGCCAAACGAAUGAAGCUCUUGGACAUCAUCAGAUCAAAGCGAGUCGAUGAGGCUGGCAUGGCUAUAGUUGACUCCGAAAACAAGGUUGUUGGAACCAUGAUGGCCAACACUUCUGGCAAAGGCGCCCAAACUGGAACCUCCGAGUAUGAAAUCAUGCGCGGUGAUCUGGUUGGGAUACUCUAUGAUUCGACAAAGAAAAAGGUGGAAUAUCUCUUUGGCAAGACCGUGGAUAGUUUCGAGCAAGACGAAAAUCAUGUAUUUGUCAAAUUUUCCGACAACUCGUCAGACAAGUUUGACAUUUUGGUGGGAGCAGACGGUCAGGGUUCUAGGAUUCGAAAAGCCAUUCAACCAGAGAAUUCCCCAGAUCCUUACCGCAAACUGGGCGUUCAUGCUUCAUAUUGGUUCAUACCACGCAUCAGCACAGACAACAACAUCGGUACAGUCUAUCAUGCCGCCGAAGGACGAAUGAUCCUUCGAAGGAGCCAUAGCCCAACCGAAUCUCAGGUGUAUUUUUUCCUAAGAGACGAAUCCCCAGACGCAUCCCUAAUUCAUCGGGGAUCGGUUGAGCAGCAGAAGGAAUUCUGGACACAAAGGUUCCGCAAUGCAGGCUGGCAUACGGACCGCUUCCUUGAAGGCAUGAAAACCACAGAAAACUUCUACAGCCAAGAGAUCGUCCAAGUCAAGACAGAUACUUGGCAUAGGGGCCGUGUUGUUUUGCUUGGAGAUGCAGCACAUUGCCCAUCUCCUUUCACCGGCAUGGGAACCACUACCAGUUUCGUUGGUGCAUACGUUUUGGCUGGCGAAAUUAGCAAACACUCGGGCGAUAUUCCUCUGGCAUUUGCAAACUACGACAAAGUGCUUCGGCCCUUCAUCAACGAGUCCCAAAGAAUUAUAGCCCCAGUGGUAAAGCUGUUACUCCCCGAGACGCGUUGGGGCGUCUCUGUACUACAUUGGAUCGUUUGGUUCGUUUCACUUCUUCGCAUACCCGAGCUUGCAGCGAGAUUUUCGAGCGAGGAGAGAGGUGGAUGGCCAUUGCCAGAGUACCCAGAGCUAGUGAUCAACUAA